ACGUUUCCUGUCGUCUACUUGCUGGCAGCACUGCCAGCAUCUCACGCUGUCAGCAGCACAACGCACUCACAAUGAAAUGCAACACUCUUGUGUCUUCUCUGGCGCUGCUUUGGGCGCUGACUGAGAUUGUCUGGUGCAAUGAAGACAUUAAAGUGGAAGCUAGCUCGGGCAAGUUCACCAUUACUUGCAAGGGGAAGAAGGAAGUUGUAUCGCCGACUGGAAAGUCUGUGGACUACCCUUUAAAAAUCAAAGAUGACAACUCCGGGGAGUACAAAUGUGCGCCAGGAAAGGACGGACUGAACGCGAAUGGCACAAGUAUCUUUGUGAAGUUUAGAUCCUGUGACAACUGCGUGGAGCUUGACAUGGUUUCCCUAGCAGGUCUCGCUGUUGGAAAUUUGAUGGCUACCAUCGUGCUCGGAGUGGCUGUGUACCAUGUUGCAACCCAGACUCACACUGGCCUCAUCUCCACUCAACACAAAAGGUCUGAUAGAAAACACCUCCUUCCAAAGGAGGGAAGAACCAGAGACCAAAAUGAUGAUUACCAGGAGCUUCAAGGUGGCAAUAAAGAAAUAUACAACACACUCGCUGGCAAAUGAUUGCCCAAUUAAAAAAUAUAUAUGAAGUUGGCAUAAACCAGUGGUCAGCAAUUAAAAUGAAAGGAAAUUGAAACAAUACAUCUCUAUCACAAGAAGCUGCAAUAGACUGUAUAUAUUGUCGGAGGCAGAUAUUUACAUAUAUGCGAAUUUAAGUGUUACUUCUUUUUAUUUCAUAAUCAUAUUACAAAACAGCUAGUGUUUUUCUUCCAAUUGUGGUCUUUUGGUUGUCUGCAAAUACUGUGUGCUGACCUUGAAUAUGGAAUGUAAGAAAGAGAGAUACUCCUUCUUCUUAUCUAUUCUUAUGUCCAGGUGCGGAGUACAAUGGGCAUGUGUUUGGGCUGGAGGGACAAGACUGCAAGGGUGGGAGAGAGAGAGACCUUAUAGAAUAGAGGGUUUCCAUUUUGGAGGGCAGACCAUCUUAGCGGCGCGAUUGAAUGUUCUAUGCUGGACUGGUCUCAGUAUAUUUACAAAGCUUUGCAAAUAUAUUACAAAAUACCUA